UGGACGCCCUCAGGAGGGACGAGGAUAUGGAUCAAUUGAGGCAGAUCAUCUCCUUAGUCCAGCUUAUCUACAACCAGUGUGAAGAGAUGAAAUACUGCCAGAAACAGUGCUGGCAUCUAAGAAGCCAUGUCCAUGGCCUGCUGCAGCCUCUGCAAAUGCUCCAGGCCCAAGGAGAGAGGAACCUGCCCACCGAGAGAACCACUGCCCUGAAACGUUUCCAGGCUGCCCUAGAGGAAGCUAAGGAGCGGAUAGAUAAGUUCAGCAAUAAAUAGAAGUUUCUAACAGCAGGGCAUGACAGAAUACUCUUCAGUGGAGUGAACAAGAGGCUGAGAGAUGUCUGAGAGUUCUCACUGCUGCUUCAGGUGGAUCAACGGAUGCAUAUUUCAAGCAUCAGCCCAGGAGCAUUCUGGCAACAGGAAGAUCAAUAGGAUGCAGAGGAAGACAGGAGGGUUAUCCAAGGACUGAGAAGUGCAUACUUUGCUGCUAACAGCUCAUGGCCGCCAUCUGCAGAGGAAUAUCCAUGGGCGCUGGAGCCCCUUGGCCCUGAGAGGCUGCACCAUUCGGAAACACCUGCAGAACUCCACAGAAACAUCAGCAGCACGAGCUUCCUGGUGACUAAAGACUGCAACGUGAAGCUUGCAGGAUUUGAGUAGAAAACACAGAGUUCCAUCAGCUGACCAACUAAAGGAAAAGAAGCAGAGAGAGUCAAUUCUGCCGCAUACAUCUCACCUCAGAGACUGGAAAAUGUGUAUAAUAAAUAUGACAUAAAAGCUGAAAUAUACAGCUUUGGAAUCGUCCUCUGGGAAAUCGCCACUGGGAAAAGCCCAUUUGAAGGCUGUGAUUCCAAGAAGAUCUACCAGCUGGUGGCUGUGGACCAGCACCAGGAGCCAGUGGAUAAAGAUUGCCCUUCACAGUUGCAGGAGAUCAUUGAUGAUUGCUGUGCAUAUGAGCCCUCCAGGAGGCCCUGUGUUAAAGGUAGGGCUUUUUCUGGUCUAAAGAGCAUGGGCCACAUGUGUUACUUAACAUUUGUGAAAGAUUUUCCUUAUUUGACGGACGUAGGUUUCUACCAAUUGUACGAGGCCUCCUCGAGCGUGGUCCCGCCUAGUCCGUUUACGAAGGAUCAGCCAAUGAGAGCACCGCUGUUUCAGCCAGUGGCGACCAAAGAAAGAAGAAGAGAGGGUAUUGGCCGCCGACUGGGACUGCUGCCCAAUAGGAGCAGGCCGAGGCCGCAACACAGGCUGGCGGAUUGA